AUGUCCCUCCACUCAGGCUCAAGGCCUUUUCUUCCUGAAUUUCGGCAUGCUGCGCCGACCUUUCAACGAGCUCUUGCGACCUCGAGGCAAUUGCAAGCUCCACGAUGGAGGCCAGCCUCGGCUCUCGAUCAAUGGGUUGAGAGACCAAUUCGACCUAUGAGUCUGCGACAAUUGUUCUUUUUCGGACGUACCUUGACUGAAGAUCGACUCAUUAGUUCAGCCAACUAUGUGCGAAACGAGCUGCCUACUCGAAUCGCUCACCGCCUGCGAGACAUGCAGAAGCUACCCUACGCUGUUGUUACGAACCCUCAUCUCUCCUACGUCUACGAGCUCUACUACAAGGCCUUCGAGAGUUUUAGAAAGUUGCCUAAUGUCAAGACUCUAGAGGACAACGAUGCAAUGUGCAAAAUAAUCAGUGAGAAUCUGAAAGAGCAUUUGAGCGUCAUUCCAAGGAUGGUAACUGGAGUGCUCGAGUGUCACAAUCUGAUGUCCGCCGACGAUAUGGACGCUUUCGUCAACAGAUCUUUGAGAGCUAGAAUCUCGCGAAGAGUCAUAGCCGAGCAGCAUCUUGCUCUGACCGAAACCUACAACUCACCAGGACACAGUCCGCACCCAAGCUCCGAACACGACUUUGUGGGUGAGGUCUUGCUACGAUGUAACGCUCAAGAUAUUGUACGAGAUUGCGGUCAAUUUGCCCAACGUGUAUGUCGAGAUUAUGUUCAAGGCAGCAAGGUGCCUGAAAUCAACAUAAGAGGACAUGUGACUGCUACAUUUCCCUACGUUCUGAGUCACCUGGAGUAUACUAUCGGUGAACUCCUCCGAAACUCAAUUCAAGCAGUUAUGGAGCAUUACAAAGGGUCGGAUCAACCUCCGCCUAUAGAAGUCCUCAUCUGUGAAGCACCGUCACAGGUAGUCAUUCGCAUCUCAGAUCAAGGUGGAGGCAUUCCGCGCGACAUUCUGCCCUACUUGUGGUCUUUUAAUAAAGGUCCAAGAAGCCAGGAGCGACUGGCGAGCUUAGGUCAAGUGCCUGCUCUGGCAGCGACAAUGCAAGAAUUAAAGAUACCGGGCGGACCCGACACGCCACGUGGAUCGUCAUUGAAUCAGCUGUCGUUUCGAGACCCGAAACUGCGACUGGGCAUGGGUUUACCAAUGAGUAAGAUAUACGCUGAAUACUGGGCUGGUGGACUGGAAUUGCACAGUCUUGAAGGAUAUGGCGUAGACGCAUUCCUGCAAAUCUCUAAACUGGGCAACCAGAACGAGCAGCUCACCUCGAGAGCCAGCAUAGACGCCGUCUAG